GCGAGCGCUUGGCUGUACUUAUGGCCGGAGUGCUCUAUAGGGCUGAGUGCCAGCUCUCUUGGUCAUCCUCGUGAUAGCGACAGGGAUGCCAUGCAGACAGAGCCCUCCAGCUUGCCCUCUAUUUGCAGGGAGCAGGGUGGGCUCCGCGAACUCCGUUCUCCGCACUUCGUCAGCUCGCAAGAAGUUGCGCUGGAGGAGGGUCCGCACGGCCUGGGCUCGACAGGAUGCUGAUCUCUGGGCAGCAGCACUGCGGAGCACGACACCUAGCCCCAUGAGGGAGUUCCGAUCCCUGUCACACCGUUACAUGGCACUCCAGUUUGACAAUGGACCACUUCCUGGCUGUGCAAAGUCCGAGCAAGCCUACCACAUACUGGGCCAGAGGGGGGGCGGUUGCGCUUAAGGAAGGUCUCGAGGCGCAACAAUGGAAGCUUCCGUGACCUCCUGCGGCAAUUCCGUACCCAGUACAACAGAGACAAGCAAGAUUGGCUCGUCAGACCAUUCGCUCAUAGCCCAGCCAGGAGAAUCGACAAAUCAAAAAUGCUGGUGUACGGCUCCAAGCGGUCCGGUUUUCAAAGCAACGGCCACCUUGCAAGUCAUAAGUGAUGCUUAUCGUUUCAGCUUCACUCACU